AUGGCUGCCACUGGCACCAUGAGCAUGGCCGCUACCACCAGCACCAAGGCUGCCAUGUCUGGCAUGGGAAGCAGCACCGGCUGCAAGAUUUCUAUGUUGUGGAACUGGAACGUCAAGGACAGCUGCUUCAUCAGCAGCCAGUGGAAGAUCACCUCCAACGGCAUGUUUGCUGGCUCAUGUAUUGGAGUUAUUCUCCUGGUUAUGGUCCUCGAGGCUCUCCGCCGCGCCACCAAGGAGUAUGACAGAUACCUCAUCAAGGCCCACAAGCAGCAAUACGCCAACGCCGGUGCCGUCUCCCCGAGCUCCGCUAGCGCCGACGACAACGGCAAGGGCUCGUCCGGCUCCGCUGCCGCUAUAGCCGCAAACGUCGUCCCGCCCUUCCGCCCCAACGUCCUGCAGCAGGCCGUCCGCGCCCUCAUCCACAUGUGCCAAUUUGCCGUUGCCUACUUUGUCAUGCUUCUUGCCAUGUACUACAACGGUUACCUCAUCAUCUGCAUCUUCAUCGGUUCCUACAUUGGCGCCUUCCUGUUCCAAUGGGAGACCAUUUACGACGGACCCACUACUGCUGCAAGCGAGGCUACCGUCUGCUGCGGUUGA